UUUUAAUGUUGAUGUUAUUGAAGAUUUAUAUAAUUAUGAAAUGAAGAAGGAUUUAAAAUUCCUUUAGUUAAAUAUGUAACAUAAUGGAAGAUAAUAAUAAACAACAUAUAUUGGGAUUUUCAACAAAAGAAGCUUUAAUUAGGUUACAGAAUGAUAUAGAAUGUGUGAUAAAUGAACAUAAACAGAAAAAUCUUAAAGGAUACGAUUUUAUUCGUAAUAUCAUAUCAUUUUCUUCAGAUAAAGUUCUGUUGUCUGGUGUCGCUUAUACCAUUAUUUUAGUGUACAUAAGUUGCUUAAUUUUGACAUAUUUAAUUGGUGAAAGUUUGUUAGCACAAUCUUAUUUACUGUGGGAAGCUUUGUUCCUUUUUAUUAUAUUAGUUUUAAAUUUCCUUGUUGCAUUUAAUGAAGAAUACAUAUAUAGAAAUGAAAUCACAUUUCGAGUUCGAAAAGUAUUAAACACAUUAAAUGAAUCAAUAGAACAAGCAGUAUGGAAGGACAAUCAUUAUCCACAUUUAUGUGCCCCAUUUUCUCCAUGUGUCAUCUUGCAAUGGACUUACAGAGAUGGAACAAUAGUCAAUUUACCAUGGUCACUACUUGUGGAGGGAGAUGUUAUUGUUCUAAGACCUGGCCAGGAGGUACCAGGACAUUGCAAAGGUCUACAAGAAGGAGAUCCUGAACUUUUCUUUGGACAGAUCUUUCAACCUGGCUCUCAGAAUAAAGAUAAUUUUAGCACACCAAGAAUACGUACGCCACAUCAAAAUAAAGCUUACAAAAUGAUAGAAACACCAUACUUAAAGAAUUUAAAACUAGCUUUAGAUCAGGCUACAAGUAGACCGGUGACAGUAUUCGAGAAGCAAAGAUAUUUGUGUACAGUAAAAAUAAUGGAAGGUAUUGUGUUACCACUUGUAAUAUCAAUUAUGGUGGUGGCAAGUUUCUUCCGACAUAUGUACCACUUGCCCGGCAUCACACAUUGGACCGAGAUUUAUUUCUUACAAACAAUUGCUGCAUCAUUACCUCUUCUACAGAUUAUAUUCCCAAUAACCUGGGUCACUCUGAAUUGUUACGGUCUAGCAAGGUUCAAAUUAUUAUCAGAAACCCGUCAAAAGUAUGUUCGACCGAAAUCGUGUUCAAUAUCAGAAGACGCAAGUGAUCCCUUAAUACAGGCGCUGAGCGAAUCUAACCUCAAACCUGACAGUCUACGUUCUUUAGGAAAGACAUUCUUCAAUAUAUUACUCGGCAGAGAGGAUAUGGUCGCUAGAACUGCAAAUAUUGUUCAUGUGCUCGGAUCUUUAUCGGCUUUGUGUUGCAUAGACAAAAAAGGCAUCCUAUCAUGGCCUAAUCCGACAGCGGAAAAGGUAUUCUUCCUUCGCAAUUCAAGUCCCAUGUCUCAAAACUCAAGCAAAACUAGUCUCGUGGGCUCGAUGGAGCACCAAAGUGAAACCACAAUGGACAUGGGUGAUAAUAAACAAAAUCCUGAUGCGUCUACCAUUGUGGAGGUGUUAGAUUUAACGCACGAUCAGAACGCACCGUUCCGUGUGGAGUUCGAUGAACAAAGAUGGCGGACGCAUAUCGCGCGAUUGAAGCCGCUCGGAUUGGCCGCGCUGCUGAACACGUGCGCGCCCGCACCGCGACACACGUACGCGCACUUCUGCGCACAUCUCACAUGCGAAGCACAGUACAGCGAAGACCUGGUGCCGGUGACAAACCGUCGUUGCCUUUGCGAAUUGGCCAAACAAAUUGGUUUCACAGAUUCCGUGGCUGAAUCUUACCAUAUCCAAGACUGUCUCGCUGUCUUCAGACAUUUGCAAGCUGAUACAAUAAGACGUGAGACUCGCUUCGUGCGUUCCUUGCAUUUGAGUACGCGUGUGAAAGUACCAUUGCCGCAUAUGUUAGCUGUGAUAGUAAAAGACCAAGCAAAUCAACUGCAAAUGCUGACACAGGGAACUGCAGAUAUAAUAUUAGACUCGUGUGUUGACUACUGGAACGGUCGCGACCUCACUCCGAUAUCGCCGUCUGAUCGCAAGAAGAUUAUUGACUUCUAUCAGAGGAAUUCACUCACAGCGUACUGCACUGCGUUUGCUUACAAGCCCCUGACGCGCGGCAUAGCGCCGUCUCUGUCGCACUUGUACCUGGAGCUGCCGGCGGACAGUCGGCGGCUGUACGCGCCGCACUCGCAGCAGUGGGCGGACGCGCCCGCGCUACAUUUCCACUCCACAGAUUCAUUGCUGUUUAAUGAAAUAACCGAUGACGACGUUAGUGACGCUGACGGAUUUUUUGACAUGCAAUGCAAUCAGGUUUUCAUAGGCAUGGUGACGAUGCAGUACCAGGCUCAGAGCGACAUGGUGGAGCUGAUAGAGCGGCUGGAGCGCGCCUGUAUCCGCUUCGUGCACUUCAGUAAAGAGAACGAGCUAAGGUCGCGUGUCUUCAGCGAGAAAAUGGGCCUCGAGUCUGGCUGGAACUGUCAUAUCUCCCUCAUCAGUGAUGACCCCGCUAGCAAGGGGGCGUCGCCGCUGUCGUCGCAAACCUUGCCGGCGGGCAAGGAGCGCGCUAACACCGGCUCGCAACUCGCUAGGGCCAUCAACACUUACGAUGCCGCGCUCGGCUUCUAUAGCAACAAUAUGAACACAUCCAAGGCGCUGUCGAUGUCUGCCCCGGGGGCUAUAAAUGUGGAGCACACAACUGUCAAAUUUGACAACGAGAUCAAAAAAGCCCGGCACUCGAUUACAACGCAUAGCGGUUUUAAGCGUGGAAGUGUGUCAGCUUCCCAGCAGUCGACGGACUCGCUGCUGGGCGGCGAGGGCGAGGGCGCGGAGUCGCCGCUGGACGCCUGCCGCUCGCUCUCCUGCCUCACAGACUCCACGGACCACUCCGCACCUGUUAACUUCGAUAUGAGCAAUCGAGCAAAAUUGCCGCGCGGAAUCGAGAACAUUCGUCCGCACAUCGAGCAGGUGGACAAUGUGCCGCUGCUCGUCUCGCUCUUCACCGACUGCACCUCCAGCUCCGUGCGCCACAUGAUACAGAUCAUGCAGGACUACGGCGAAGUGGUGUGCGUGAUGGGUUCUGCAGCGAACUGCCUCAAUAUGGAGAUAUUCAUGCAAGCUGAUGCCAGCAUUGCCGUGGAGCCUUUAUACCCGGUGUUGUGUCAGAAGAUGCCGGCGUACCAGCUGCCGGCGAACUGCGUAGGCCCCAUACAGCUCGCACGCGCUCUCAACUCCGUGCCGUGCUCACUAUCGAUGACGCGCGACGCGGACGUGUCGCUGUUCGCACUGAUCACGAUGUCGCGUCACUUCAUGACGUGCUUGUGGAACUCCACGCAGUUCUGGAUGUGCAGCGCCUGCUUCAUAUCGCUGCUGCAGGUGGGUUCGUUCUGUUGUCUGCUGCCGCUGGCGCUGAGCACGGGUGGCGCGGCGUUCGCUGCGGGCGCGGUGGCGCUGCUGGCGGCCGCGCUCGCCUUCCAGCCCGUCACCGCGCACGUCAUGCAGCGCGCGGCCACGCGCCCCCACACUGACCUUGGCCCUAAGGGAGUAAUGACUGAGAUGACGUAUGAUAGAGUUAUGUGGAGGACAAAACCUGUUGCACCGACCCGACGGGAGUCGGAUAAGGAGGAAGAUGAUUGA